AUGGGCAUAAAAGAACCGGAAACAAACGACGAGCCCCGGAAAAAGAAGAGCCGAAAAGAGAAGAAGAGCGUAGAAGCCGGGCCCCCGUUUGAAGAGAAAUGCUCCGAGACAAUUUCCAAGGUGACUGCAAAGCCGACGGUGGAGAACCUGCUGGAGUUGAAGGGGCUGAUGCAGGAGGCGAAAGAUGAUGAAUCCUCAAGGGACAUCGUACGGGCCGGCUUCAAGCUGCCUCUCGUCGCCGCGCUAAUGACCCACUACAAUGCACGGCUUACACCGCUCGAUCUGGCCAUCUACGACGUCAUUUCGGCUGCCGAGAAUCUCUGCAACGUUGAUUUUAACAGCUGGAGCCCGUUGGUGUUUGGCGACAAGUCGGCCGACAACUACAAAAGCCUGCAGAAGCUGGGCACGAAUUUGCACAGCCGGGUGAAGCCAGCACAGGUCCUCGAAUAUUUCGAUGCCAAAGAUGUCUGGACCACGAUUUUGCACAUGCAUCAGAAAAACUGGACCAACGAGACGAUGUAUGACGAGCGAUUCAUGCUGCGACUGUUGUCCAACUUGCUGGGCCCGGGCUCGGAGAUGCCCCGCCAGCAAUUCGUCGAAUCGAACGCCCUCUCCCUAGCUAUUGUAGCGACGUCGAGCCGAGACGCGAAUACACGAAAAGCGGCGUAUUUCGUUUUGCAAAGAUUUCUCUCGCUGCUCAACGCGUUGGCCAUCGAAACCUUCGACGCGAAGGAGGUGCUGGUCUUUGUGUUGCGCCUCUUCAAGCAGUCCGUCGAACAAGAGGGGCAGCAUGUGCCCAACGUGAUCACCCAAUAUCUGGCCCGUGUGGUGAAGCUGGCGCUCAGGCCUGACCAGGAUGCCUUCCCGGCCGUCAUGUCGUAUUUGUUCCAGAAUGCCGGCCACAAACUGUUGCUCGAUUCGGUCCCCGAUCUGCCGAGCCUUCUCUUUUCUACGUCUACCCUCAAGCACAAGGAAGAGCGCAACUUCAUCCUCGACGUCAUCCGUUUUGGCUGUUGCGAGCACAUCGAUUUUGAGAUUAUUAAGCGACGGGGUGUGCUUGCUUCAAUUCUGAGCAUCUUCUCUUCACCACUGACGGAUCAGAAGGCCCGCACGGCCAUCCUGGACACAUUGAAGCGGAUUGUACAGCUAAAAAAGGCGGCGCAUGACCUCAUCCACAAUCAUGGUCUGGCCGUGUGGAUCGCGCUUCAGAUGCAGAACACCGGAGUCACGAAAUUCGAGGCCGGCUUUCUGGGAGAGAUCUUCAUGUUGGCGCUCGAAACGGACGCGGAAGCCGGCAAAUUGUUGGACGUGCGGAUAGCGGGGAAGAAGAUUCUCGCCUCGAUGAACGUGUUGGUAAACGAGAAGGAUGUGCAGGCAACUGGACGGAUCGAGGAGCUGCUUUCCCAA